AAUUUAUGAGCGUCUCAACCUCGUCCCUUGUGGUAUCGAGGAAGUGAACCGGGUCGUACGAUCCGCUAGGAUUAAUGACAUACUUCUUUGCCUUCCCUUUUAUACCACGCUUGGUUAGGACGGGUUUUAGGUCUUCUUCCGGAUUGGUGUCAUACCACUGUUCGUCCUCGUCGCUAAAGUUCUCUCUUGCGUCAUACCACUGGUCUUCCUCUUUACCGCUGUACAGUUUUACAACCUUCCUCAUGGUGUUAAAAGCGUCGGAUACACCUUUCCUGAUGGAUGAUGGUACGUGGGUGGUUAGCCAGUUGUACCAUUCCCUUAUUCUAUCUGUAAUUUUUCUGGAACCUUCAGACAUCUUUCCUUUAUUAUAUAGAGAAAAAAAAUAAAUUUUCAGAAAUGCUGAUUCAGCCUUUUUCAAACCCAAAGGGUUUGGAAAUAGGAAAGAUGUCUGGUCCAAGGUUCUAGGGUCUGUGGACAAGAUAAGGAAAUGAUACCCUUUUAUUAUACACAAAAAAAUUUUUUUUUCAAAAACUGCUGACUCGGUAUUUUUCUUUCAACCGGAAGUGACGUCAUAGAUCACGCGAUCCAAAUCUGCGCAGUGGGGGGUGCGCGGUGGUAAGGUUUGGGGAGGGUUAGGGUAGACCUAGGGUAGGCUUUGGGUAGGCUAUGGGUAGGCUCAGGCAAGACUUAGGGAAGGCUUUGGGAAGACUUCGGUAAGACUUUGGGAAGACUUUGGGUAGACUUAGGGAAGACUUAUGCAAGACUUAUGUAAGGCCUAGGCGAGACUCCUCAAGCGUGGAGCGGCGGGGGGUUCGUGGGGGGCUUGUGGUCACGUCAUCUUAUAAACCGGAAGUGACGUCAUGGUUUUGGACAAGUCCGGGCAAUGCGAUUGCGGGGAAACCGGAAGUGACGUCAUCGGGAUGCGCGGGAGGGGGUGCGCAGUAAACCGGAAGUGACGUCAUAGGUCAUGUGAUUCAAAAUCUGCACAGAAGGGGUGCGCAGUAAACCAGAAGUGACGUCAUAGGUCAUGUGAUUCAAAAUCUGCGCAGAAGGGGUGCGCAGUAGUGGUUAAUCGGUCUUUUUGUCACCCUGGGGGUGGGGGUGAGGGUUUGUCACCAAAAUGUCCCAGAAUCGGCGUUUUCCUACUACUAGGGGGGCCAUCUGGUGUUGAUGCAAAUGGGUUUAAAAGAAUCCUUGCAUGUAAGUCAUUUAAGCAUUCGUCAGUAGCGCUUUGUGAUGCGUUAGCAACAUUGGCACGGAACCUUUGUACGGAAUAUGUUGACCCAUCGUCAAUAGAAGCUUUAGUUGCAAGUCGCCUUAUCCCCUUAGAUAAAGGUGGAGGUGGAGUUCGACCCAUUGGAGUUGGAGAAGUGAUACGAAGAGUAAUCGGCAAAAGCGUAAUGAAGGUUGUCAAACCCGAUGUGAUGAGUGCAAGUGGUUCACUUCAGUUAUGUGCGGGUCAACCUUCCGGAA